AUGCUCGCGGGCCCGGACAUGCCCAUCACCGACACCAUGCCGACUGCCCCCGACAUGCCCGGCACCGACGCCACGCCGACUGACCCCGACAUGCCCGGCACCGACGCCACGGACGACACGGACGGCAUGCCCAAGGCCCCCGAAAUACCCGGCACGGACAGCAUGCUCGGUGUCCUCCCCAAGCUCGGCUCAGUGAGCCUGUGUGCAGCCCCGGAUGGUCCCGGCAAGCAAUCCACGAUCGAAGCCCCCGACAUACCCGGCACCAACGCCAUGCCGACGACCUCGUCUAUCCGGCCCGGAGCGGAUCUCAUGCACGCGGCCACCGAUCAGCCCAACUCGGGCUGCAUGCCGAUCCUCUGCUACAUCGACUUGGACAGUACGCUUGCAGUCCCCGCCAAGCCCGAUACGGAGCGCACGUUCGUGGCGAUCGACAACUUCGACACUGACGGCAUGCCCGCGCCCCUCUAG